AUGGCCGAGCAAACUCCCUUGUCGCUGGCCCUCCCAUCAAAAUACAUAUCCAGCUCCGCAAGCGCAUCGAACAAGUCACCCGCUCCAGAUAUCGAGUGGCUCAGCACAACGUGGACCGUCACCCAUUCCACGCUUCACAUGUGGCGGUCUGCUCGCAACGUCCGCAUCACUUACAAGCCUCUCCCUUCCAAGCACGAUGGCAAAUUGCGCAUCGACGACCUGGUGGAAUACGAGCCUACCAAGUCGUCGGGUGUUCUCAAGACAGUCGCGGGAAUUGAUACUCAGUCCGCAGACGGAGGGUGGGACUGGAGGGGGAAAGGCUGGCUGUUCUUCGUGUCGAGUCAUUGGGAAUUGCUGGGCUGGGGAGAGGCUAUGAAUGCGGAGGGGAAGAAGGAGAGGUGGGCGGUGACUUGGUUUGCUCCGACCGUGUUUACAAAGGAAGGUGUGGAUGUGUAUUGUGAUUCUGAGGAGGGCCUGAGCGAGGGGACUUAUUCGAGGAUCGAGGCGGCGCUGAAGAAGAUGGAUGCCAAGGAGAUUGUGGACAUGACUGAGAAGGAUAUGAGGGCUGUUGAGAUUAAGCUCCCGCGUGUGGAAAAGUGA